AAGUGGCUUAAAAAAUCGUGAUGUGAUACAUAAUAUAUUAUAAUUGUGGUACAUAAUACCUAUAUUAUUAUUGUGAUGCAUAAUAUAAUAUAAGCAUUGCCUUUGAAACUGGCUUUGUAUGUGACCUUAAAUAAAAUACUUAAAUAGAUGACUCGAGAACAGCUCAAAAAAACAUUAACGAUGACUAAGAAACAAUGCAUGCCGAAAACCGGAGUAACAGAAGAAAAAGUAGGCAGGAUCGAGCAAGGUGUGUUCUACGAAGAAAAAAACGUGAUGUGCUACGUCGCUUGUAUCUACAAGUCCAUUCAAGUGGUCAAGAACGAGAAAUUAAAUAAAGAUAUGGUGGCAAAGCAAAUCGAUAUUCUCUACCCUGCGGACAUGAAGGCAGCCGUGAAAAAGUCUGUGGCGAAAUGUAUUGACGUUCAGGACAAUUACAACACGGAGUGUGAGCGAGUGUUCUAUGCUGUAAAGUGUUUGUACGAAGACAACCCACCCAAUUUCAUUUUCCCAUAAAUUUGAUUAUCAGUUGCUAUUACUGACUUAGUUGUAUUUAAACGAUUUAGCAAUAAAUAAGUUUUUCGAUAA